UUUCUCAGAGAUGCCAAAGCCAUGUCCGAACCACCACCCACGGCAGCCACAACGCCCCUCAACCCCCACCACGUCGUCUCCACCGCCGCCACAUCAUCCUUACAGAGUCGGGAGUACCGGAAAGGCAACUGGACCAUCCAAGAAACACUCAUCCUAAUCACAGCAAAGAAGCUCGACGACGAAAGAAGAAUCAAGGUCAGCUCCACCCCCCCGGAUCCCUCCUCCAGCGCAGCCAAACACCACUGCCGAACCGGCGAGCUCCGGUGGAAAUGGGUUGAGAACUACUGCUGGAGCCACGGCUGCCUCCGCAGCCAGAACCAGUGCAACGACAAGUGGGAUAACCUGCUUCGCGACUACAAGAAGGUCCGCGAGUACGAGUCCCGCUCCUCCGCCGCAGCGGCCUCCGGUGACGAGCACCACCCUUCGUACUGGAAAAUGGAGAAGCACGAACGAAAGGAUCGGAAUCUGCCGUCGAACAUGUCCUCGGAGGUCUUCGAAGCCCUCAACGAAGUGGUCCACCGGAGAUACCCACUGAGAACCAUCGCACAGCCGUCUUCAUCCUCAGUUCCAUCACCGGCUCCGAUCUCCGUGCGGCCACCAUCCCCACCGCCGCCGCCGACAACAGCGCCGGCGGCUUCAGAAACAUCAGACUCGUCCGAGACGGAAUGCAGUGAGAAAUUGGAAUCCAAUACGAAACGCAGGAAAGUCCGAAAUAUCGGGUCGAGCAUAGUUCGUAGUGCUUCAGUUUUGGCCCGAACUAUGAAAUCCUGCGACGAGAAGAAAGAGAGGAGACACCGAGAAGUAAUGGAGCUAGAAGAACGAAGAAUGCAAAUUGAAGAAACCCGAAAUGAAGACAACCGGAAAGGAAUUAACGGUCUCGUUUCGGCUGUUAACAAUCUUUCGGGUGCCAUUCAGACUCUAAUUUCGGGUCGCCAAAGCCAGACCUAAUUAGUUGCCAAACCCGCCCAUUUUUUCCGAGAUUUCGGCAACUUGAAAUUUGAAAGUGACAUUAUUUCGGUUAGCCCAUUUUAUUUAUUUAAGGGAAAAUUAUUUUUUCUCUC